AUGUCCAUAGGUCUUCUUAAGCUCAUCAUUACUGCCAUCUUAGUUGCAGUAAAUGUUGUUUCUUCAUCAAUUGCAUUCUACGUUGGUGUUAAGGGUGUGAAUGAUGGCAAGUUGUCAACUCCAUUUAGCGUUGGGUUCUCUCUUUUAAACCAUUUUUCUAUUGGCCUGUUCUUGGGAAUUUCAAUCUUAGGUUUAUACAGUAGUUCAGCUGCUAAACUUCAAAUGAUCCAAAAAGAACUUCCAGAUCAUAAUGCUUUCAAGUACUACCCUCUUCCAGAAACAACUUUGUGUCUUGGAGUUUUCUUCCUGUUUGUUUCUGAAUGGUGUUUACAGAGAAUUACACACAGUGUAUGCAGUUCUGGUGUACAGAAAGGUCUGAACGGCAACCCUGAAAUACAGAGGCCUUUAGAAAACAUUUCUCAUGACCACUCUCGUUUCUUCGAGGAUGAAAUCGAGUUGUUAGUGGAGUCCAAAAGUUGUGAUUAUAAUUCCGAAAGAAGUGACACAGAAGUACGACAUCCACCAGCUCGUCGAAGUAAAGCUGAAAAACAAAGUUUUAGCCUUGGGAAAUCAGUAAUACUUAGCUGUGCGCUUGGCUUGCAUUCAUUUUUUGAAGGACUUGGGUUCGGUCUGUUAGAUUCUUUUGAUCAGAUUAUCAGUAUGACUAUAGGUAUGGCUAUGCAUCAAUUUCUAUGCGCAGCCACUCUAGGAUUUCGUCUAGCCCAGUCGAGUGUUGCACACACCAAACGUUAUAUUGCCAUUUUGGUGUUAUUUUGCUACUUAGUAGUUUUCCCACUCGGUGUUUCAUCUGGUAGGAAGUUACAUGAAACAGCCUACUCUUCAUAUCAUCAUAACAUGACAUCUCCUGAAACAAAUGACACACUUAUUUCAUCAUAUGAACAUGAACUCACUGGUCAUAUCAUGAUUGGUUUAGUGCAAAAUUUCGCCGCUUCAUCUUUUCUCUAUGUUAUUCUCCUUGAUAUCCUUCCUGCUGUAUCCUCAAUACCGGUGAAAACCACCUCUUUGGCUACUCUUUCUUCGUCGUCUUCUUCUUGUUCUUCUAAACGCUGUAAUGUUUCAAAAUCUCAGAUUCGUGCUAGUUUCUAG